CCAAGUGAGAACGUGUUCUUCAUUCCUAGCAUAAUGCCUAGCUAUGCAUUUCACGCAGUUUGAGUUCCAUUUGAGAUCCAAACAAACUCCAUGGAUACUACUUCAACUAACCCCUCCUUUCAGCCUCGCCAAACUUAUCUUCUUCCAAAAGUACCUGAGGAAAAAGAAACAUAGAAGUGGAAGGAAAAGCAUAAAUUAGCUGCAGAGGAAGCUGAAAUGGACGCCAAUGAAAUGGAAUCCCAACAACACAGGGCGGCAGGUGAUGAUGACUUUGGCCGUGUAAACACUGGUCUAAACAAGUACACUAUUUUUUGUGCUCUUUUGGCCUCUACGAACUCUAUUCUCUUAGGCUAUGAUAUUGGUGUCAUGAGUGGGGCAGUGCUUUUUAUCAAAGAAAACCUCAAAAUCUCAUCAGUUCAAGUAGAAAUCUUGGUUGGUAGCCUGAAUGUACUUUCACUCAUGGGCUCACUUGCCUCUGGCAAAACCUCAGAUUACAUAGGCAGACGUUACACAAUUGUCCUAGCAGCAGCCACAUUCCUGGUAGGUGCACUUCUAAUGGGGUUUGCACCCUCUUUCUCAUUGCUCCUAGCAGGCCGCAUAGUUGCUGGCAUUGGCGUAGGCUAUUCCCUCAUGAUUUCUCCUGUAUACACAGCUGAAAUCUCCCCUGCUAUGAAACGGGGGUUCCUCACUUCCCUCCCUGAAGUAUUCAUCGUCUCUGGAAUCCUCCUAGGCUACAUCGUUAACUAUUCUCUAUCAGGUUUGCCCCAAAACAUAAAUUGGAGACUGAUGCUUGGCUUUGCAGCAAUACCAGCUAUUGCCAUUGGAUUCGGUGUUACAGCAAUGCCAGAAUCACCUCGUUGGCUUGUCAUGAAAGGGAGAACAGAUGAAGCAAAAGGGGUUUUGGUCAAAGUCUCGGAUAGUUGUCAAGAAGCUGAAUUUAGGCUGAAUGAAAUAACCAAAGCUGCUGCUCUGGAUAUAGGCCAAUCAGCUUCUUCAAGCAACAAUGAAUGGCGUGGCCAAUGGGUAUGGAGAGAACUUCUAUUGAGCCCAUCAAGACCCGUCCGUCGGAUUCUUGUUGCAGCCAUUGGGAUUAACUUUUUUAUGCAAGCUUCUGGCAAUGAUGCUGUCAUAUACUACUGCCCCGAAGUGUUCAAGGAUGCUGGCAUUCACAAUAAGCGACAGCUUUUCGGUGUCAAUGUGAUCAUAGGAGUAGCCAAGGCUUCUUUUGUGUUGAUUUCGGCUCUUUAUUUGGACAAGUUUGGGAGACGACCUCUUUUGUUGCUAGGCUCAAUUGGGAUGGCGGUGUCCUUGGCUGUGUUGGGCAUGGGUUCCAAAUUUCUCGAACACUCAGAAAGCAAACCUUUGUGGGCUAUUAUUGUGUGCAUCGUGGCUGUCUGCGCUGACGUUUCGUUCUUCUCAAUUGGGCUUGGUCCAAUCACAUGGGUUUAUUCAUCAGAAAUAUUUCCUUUGAGGCUACGGGCCCAGGGCACAGGCCUGGCUAUCUCAGUGAACAGGCUGGUGAGUGGGGUGCUGUCCAUGACAUUUCUGACAAUAUCCAACAAGAUAACAUUCGGAGGAAUGUUUCUUGUGCUUUCCGGAGUAAUGGUGGUGGGCACAUUGUUCUUUUAUUUCUUUCUUCCAGAGACCAAAAGCAAGAGUCUAGAAGAGGUAUGGGCACUAUUUGAGGACAAAGAUAAAAAUGAUGAUGGUGAAAUGGGGGGAGUGCAAAUGAGAGAAAUUUGAUGCUGUUAUGCUACUAUUAGUUAGCCACGGUUAAAAGGAUUGUACUUAAAACUAGU